UAUAUCUGAAUGCAACCCUAUUCAUUGUAAAAUUGACAGCUGAUUUCUAGUUGUAAAAUGUGAAAUAAAAUAUUUGGUAAAUAUUCUCAGCAGCAAUCAUGCCAAGGAAAAGAGAAAGAGAAAAAAUUAUUAAUUAUUUGGUAGAGAAUACGGCAAAUGAUAUUCUUAAUAUAAUAGAAGUUGACGAAGAUGGUGAGGCGGUCGAUAAAAUUUUAGAUGAAUUGGAUAUGAAUGUUCAAGUAGUGCUUUCAUGCCGGCGUGGAGUUGAGCAUGAAGUCCCAAAGUCACCAGUAUGGUGAAAUGAAAUCUUGAAUAAAUUCGACGAAAACCGGUUCCGCCAAAUGCUUCGAGUAAGCAAGGAACAAUUUAACAAUAUAUUUCACGUAAUUAAGAACGAUCCGGAAUUCAAUAAAGCACAUUCCUCGAAACAGAUUCCUGUGGAUUUGCAGUUAGCAAUUGUGCUUUAUCGUCUGGGCUCAUGCGGAGAGGGUGCUGCAUUGAAAAAAAUUUCAACAUUAUUUGGUGUAGGAGAUGGUGGAACUCUAUCCAUUAUUACGAAAAGAGUUUUCAGUGCUAUUCUAAGGUUAAGAGACUCCUUCCUUUUUUGGCCAAAUGAAACAGAGCGAUCAGAAAUUGUUCAUGCUACGUAUUCCGAAAUGCCAUUUUGCAUUGGCUAUAUUGAUGGUACGGAGAUUAAGCUAGCAGAAUCGCCAGUUAUCGAUCCUAUAUCAUUCUUUUCUCGUAAGCACAUACACUCUAUCAAAGCCCAAAUAGUUUGCGAUUAUAAACUUAAAAUACGACACGUAAUGGUGGGACAUGUUGGCAGUUGGCAUGAUGCGAGAGUAUACCGCAGCAGCUCACUUUUCUUGCAAAAAGACACUUUUUUUUCGACACAGCAGUGGUUAGCUGGUGACUCAGCCUAUCCUUUGUUCGAAACUAUGAUAACUCCAUUCCGAAGUAAUGCUCGAGUGCUAGACAUAAAUUCUCGAAUUAAUUUCAAUUUGCGUCACAGUAAAUUUCGAGUUCAAGUCGAGCAUUGCUUCGGCCUAUUGAAGGAGCGGUUUUGCAAUCUUAAGGAGUUCAGAGCACGCCUUAUAAAUAAAGAAAGCCACAAUCUAUGUUGUGAUUGGUUUGUAGUGUGUUGUAUAUUGCACAACAUACUACGAGAGGAUGACCGCACAAACUACGAAUAUACAAAUCUCGAUGAGGACACCACGUACACUGAUGACAACGGUGAGGAAAGCGAAGAUGUACAACCAAACAGAAAAGGGGAAACUAAAAGGCUAGCCAUACAUUCAUUAAUGUUUGAAUAAAAAAGUAAAAAAGUUAAA